AUGGCUAACAGGAGGAGGAGGAACACCGCUGGAGCUGAUGACAUAGCUCAGGCGAUCCAUCGUAUGGUGGACGCGAUGCAGCCCAUAGCGGCGCCACCCAGAGCUGUAGUGGCACCUACUCGGCCAGUAGCCAUGGAGGAUUUCAUGAAACAUCGACCGGCCAAGUUCUCUGGCAAGGCCACUCCUGACGAGGCAGAUGCUUGGAUGCGGGAGUGUGAGAAGAUCUGUAGAGUGCUGGGAUGCACAGAUGAGCAGAGGUUGCUGUUCGUCACGUUUCUUCUGGUGGCAGACGCAGAGUAUUGGUGGCAGGGGAUGCAGCAGUUGAUGCAGACCCGUGGGGAGCAGGUGACGUGGGCUGCCUUCAGGACGAGGUUCCUGGAGAAAUACUUUCCCGACAGUGCGAGGCAUGAACGGGAGGCAGAGUUCCUUACUCUUCAGCAAGGGACUAUGACUGUGGCGGCAUAUAUAGAGAGGUUUGAAUACCUGGCUCGUUUCUACACUCCAGAUGUUACUGAGGAGUGGAGGUGUAGGAGGUUCGAGGACGGAUUGAAACAUGAGAUACGCCGCUUCAUUGUGCCGCUCCGGAUUAGAGAGUUUCCAGUUUUGGUCGAGCAGGCCAAAACCGUGGAGCAGUUGGAGACUGGAUCGAGUAGUGGGGGGAAACAGCAGAGGACCACCUCAGAUGCUAGACCUCAGAGGAAACCUUACAGCAGACCGUCGACUACCGGAGGAAGAUUGCGGUGUUUUAACUGUGGCGGGGAACACUUGAGGAGGGAUUGUACUAAACCUGCUAGCAGUACCGGUGGAGGCAGUAGUACUGGUAGGUGCUACGCAUGCCAGCAGAUAGGGCACUUUGCACGUCAGUGUCCUAACAGAAGACAAGCUGGUGGUGCGCCAGCUACGAGGCCAGUAGGAGAUCGGCCCAGAGCACCGGGGCGUGUGUUCGCCUUGACGACCACAGAGGCGAAACAGUCAGGUAAUCUGUUGCAGUUUCUAUGUUUGUUGUGUGACCACGAGGUGGUUGUGUUGUUCGACUCAGGAGCCAUUCAUUCGUUUGUGUCUAAUGAAUGUGUGAGGAGGCUCGGGCUUACGAUGCGAGAGCUGGGGUGCGAGCUAUUAGUUGCGACGCCAGCAUCUGGAGAGGUAUCCACCACUUCUAUGUGCGUGGGGUGCCCUAUGGAGGUGGCAGGCCGCAGGUUCAGGUUGAACCUCAUUUGUUUGCUGAUGGAGGGUCUAGACGUGAUUCUGGACAUGGAUUGGUUGUCGAGUAAUCAUGUCGUCAUUGACUGCGGACAGCGUCAGAUAGUGUUUCCUGAGACAGCAGAGAAGAUGAGCACGACCGAGAAGAUCAGCAGGAUUCCGGUAGUAGAUGAAUAUGCAGAUGUAUUUCCGGAUGAGAUUCCAGAACUACCGCCUAGCAGGGAUGUAGAUUUCUCCAUUGAUCUCAUCCCUGGCGCUGGGCCAAAAGAUGGUAGCUCCCGGUUGUGUGUUGAUUAUCAGCAGCUGAAUAAGCUAACGAUAAAGAAUAAGUACCCGUUGCCGAGGAUUGAUGAUCUGUUGGAUCAGUUGAGGGGAGCUGCGGUGUUCUCAAAAAUAGACCUGAGAUCGGGGUAUCAUCAGAUCCUUGUCAGGCCAGAGGAUGUCCAGAAGACAGCUUUUCAAUCACGGUAUGGUCACUACGAGUAUGUAGUGAUGCCAUUUGGGGUAACCAAUGCGCCGACUAUAUUCAUGGAUUACAUGAAUAGGAUUUUCAGGCCGUAUCUGGAUCAGUUUGUAGUAGUGUUUAUUGAUGAUAUACUGAUCUACUCCGAGAGCAGAGAAGAACACGCAGAACAUCUGAGAGUAGUAUUGGGGAUUCUCAGAGGGCACCAGCUAUAUGGGAAAUUGUCGAAAUGUGAAUUCUGGUUGGAAGAGGUACAAUUCCUGGGCCAUGUGAUCUCAGCCCAAGGAAUAGCCGUUGAUCCGGCAAAGAUAGAGACUGUGGUGAAGUGGGAGAGGCCUCAAACAGUUUCAGAGGUGCGGAGUUUUCUGGGUUUGGCAGGGUAUUACCGACGGUUUGUGGAGGGUUUUUCCAAGAUGGUGAGUCCUCUUACACAGCUUACGAGAAAGGACCAGCCUUUCUCGUGGACGGACGAGUGUGAAGCUUGCUUCGAGGAUAUGAAGAGGAGACUGACCACCGCACCGAUAUUGGCAAUCCCUGACACGAAUAAAACAUUUGAGGUGUACUGUGAUGCCUCGUAUCAGGGGUUAGGCUGUGUGUUGAUGCAGGAUAAACGGCCUGUAGCUUAUGCAUCGAGACAGUUGAAGGUGCAUGAGAAGAAUUACCCGACACACGACUUGGAGUUAGCGGCAGUCGUGUUUGCCCUCAAAACAUGGAGACAUUACCUGUACGGAGCGCAGUUCCAGGUAUUCAGCGAUCAUAAAAGCUUGAAAUACUUGUUUGAUCAGAAAGAGCUGAAUAUGAGACAGAGGCGUUGGAUGGAGUACUUAAAGGACUACGAUUUUGAGCUAUUGUACCAUCCUGGUAAAGCUAAUGUCGUAGCGGAUGCCUUGAGUAGGAAGAGAAUUCAUGUAUCGGCUAUGAUGAUUAGGGAGUUGGAGCUGAUAGAACAGUUGAGGGACAUGAAUUUGGGGUUGGAUAUGGAGCCUGGACAGAUACGAUGUAGCAUGUUGAGGAUCACGAAUGAGUUCCUAGAUGAGCUCCGGGUGGAACAGGGGAAGGAUCAAGAACUGCAGACGAUAAUUGGUGAGUUGGACACUGAGAAGAGGAAGGAUUUCCGAAUGGGCAGAGACGGGAUACUACGGUUCAGGGAGAGGAAAGCGAAGAUAGAACACCAGCGACCGGGUGGCAUGUUAGAACCUCUGGACAUUCCACAGUGGAAAUGGGAUAGCAUUUCCAUGGAUUUCAUCACUCACCUGCCGAGAUCAGUGAGAGGACACGAUUCAAUCUGGGUGAUAAUAGACAGGUUGACGAAGUGUGCCCAUUUUCUGCCGAUUAACCAGAAGAUGAAUAUGGAUAGGCUGGCGGACUUGUAUGUGCGAGAGGUGGUCAGGUUACAUGGAGUGCCAGCGAGUAUCGUGUCAGAUAGAGACCCGAGGUUCACAUCGAGGUUCUGGCAGUCAUUGCAGAACGCUUUGGGUACUCAGCUCAGGAUGAGCUCUGCCUAUCAUCCUCAGACAGAUGGACAGUCUGAGCGGACCAUACAGUCGUUGGAGGACCUGUUGAGAACCUGCGUUUUAGACCAUCUGGGUACAUGGAGUGAUGUGUUGCCAUUGGUAGAAUUCACGUAUAAUAACAGUUAUCAUACCAGUAUUGGAAUGGCUCCCUACGAGGCCCUGUAUGGUAGGAGAUGUAGGACGCCAUUGUGUUGGCAACAGGAUGGGGAGGCAGUGGUUCUUGGGCCAGAGUUCUUACAGCAGACCACCGAGAAGGUGAGGGUGAUUCAGGAUCGGAUGCGCGCGACUCAGAGCAGGCAGAAGUCGUACGCGGACAAGAGGAGGAGGCCGCUUGAGUUUGAGGCAGGGGACCACGUAUUUCUCAGAGUCACUCCUACUGUAGGAAUUGGCAGGGCACUUAAAUCGAGGAAGCUGACGCCUCGAUUCAUCGGACCAUAUCAGAUCAUGAGGAGGAUCGGUCCUGCAGCGUACGAGAUGGCAUUGCCACCACACUUGGGAAACUUGCAUAAUGUUUUCCAUGUGUCACAGUUGAGAAAAUAUAUAGCCGAUCCUACACACAUUCUGGAGGACGAUGAUGUGCAGAUACGAGAGGACUUGACUAUUGGAGUCGGACCAGUGAGAAUCUUGGAUUCUCAAACGAAACAGCUCAGAGGGAAGGAAAUCAAAACCGUGAAAGUCCUAUGGGAUGAGGCAACUCAAGAAAUGACAUGGGAGAUGGACGAUGUCAUGAGGCGGUCCUAUCCUCAUCUCUUCACUGGCAAUAGCAACCGCGUUAGUGGGGUCUGGCAUGAAUUCUGCUUGACGGUGAAGCGCUUGGCGGCACGUGUCCCCCGCCAGGCGAUCUAUACUGCUGCAGCUUUGAGUUUUCCUUGUGAAUUUGUGAUCUACAGUGUGUCUAGUGAUGCUUUAAAGUGGAAAUGGGACAGCAUUUCCAUGGACUUCGUCACACACUUACCGAGGUCGGUGAGAGGGCAUGACUCAAUCUGGGAUGGUGAGUUAGUGGUUCUUGGGAAAGAGUUCUUACAACAGACCACAGAGAAGGUGAGAGUGAUUCAGGAUCGGAUGCGCGCAACUCAGAGUAGGCAGAAAUCUUAUGCAAACAAGAGGAGGAGGCCGCUUAAGUUUGAGGCAGGUGAUCACGUGUUUCUUCGAGUGACUCCUACACUGAGGAAAUACAUAGCGGAUCCUACACAUGUUCUGGAGGAGGAUGAUGUGCAGGUGCGGGAGGACUUGACAGUGGGAGUCGGACCAGUGAGAAUCAUGGAUUCUCAAGUAAAACAGCUCAGAGGGAAGGAGAUCAGAACGGUGAAGGUUCUCUGGGAUGAGGCAACCCAGGAAAUGACAUGGGAGAUGAAAAAUGUCAUGAGGAGGUCUUAUCCUCAUCUUUUCACUGAAACCGCCUGGUGGGCUACAUAUAGCCGCCAGGUGGCUCAUGCCAAAAUUGAGUGUUCUUGGGUUCUCCCGAGGGACCGCCUGGCGGUGAAGCCCUUAUAUACGUUGAUUACAAUUGAUGGAACAGUGAUAGGGCUGGAAAGUGUAGAGAUAUCUGCUACUAGACUAAUCGGUGCGGAAAUUUUUAAAGAGGAAUGGUUCGCGUUGGAGGCGAUGUGUGGCUCGCGGUUUACUUUGCUAGCGCGUCUUGUUUCUAACGAGUUGUACUCUAGUGCGGUUCAUGGAUUCAAAGCCAAGGGUGCAAUGGUUGGUUGUAACAAUUUGGUGGUUCCAUGGUUGUAA